AUGGCGCUGUUGGUUGAUAAACUGCGGCCUCGCUCUUUAGACGCUCUGACAUACCACAGGGAUCUCUCCGAUCGUCUAGCAGCACUGGCCUCUUCCGCCGACUUCCCCCAUCUCCUCUUCUACGGUCCAUCAGGUGCAGGCAAAAAGACACGAAUUCUCGCAACCUUACGCGCCCUCUAUGGCCCUGGAGCCGAGAAGAUCAAGAUCGACGCCCGUAUGUUCACGACAUCGACGAACAGGAAACUGGAAUUCAAUAUCGUCUCCUCCGUAUACCACUUAGAAAUCACGCCUAGCGACGUUGGAAACUAUGAUCGGGUUGUCAUCCAAGAUCUGUUAAAAGAGGUAGCGCAGACACAGCAGGUUGAUCUGACGGCAAAACAACGCUUUAAAGUCGUGGUGAUCAAUGAAGCAGACAGUCUUUCCCGCGACGCGCAAGCCGCACUACGCCGUACUAUGGAGAAGUACUCAGCAAACGUCCGACUCAUCCUUGUGGCAAACAGCACAGCAGGUAUAAUUGCACCCAUUCGCUCUCGAACGCUCCUCAUCCGAGUGGCUGCACCCACAGAAUCGGAAAUCUGCGACGCGCUGGUGAAAGCUGGAAAGAAGGAGAACUGGAAAAUCAUACCGGCGCUCAAUGAUCGGAUCGCCAAGGAGUCGGGGCGCAACCUGAGAAAAGCACUGCUGAUGUUCGAAGCUGUGUACGCGCAACAUCCAGAACCAAGCGAGAGGACACCUAUCCCGCCGCCAGAUUGGGAGCUUCUCGUCGAGCAAAUUGCACGAGACAUCAUUCGGGAGCGGUCACCAGCUAUGAUUCUCGCGACAAGAGCCAAACUAUACGACCUGCUUACACACUGUAUCCCCGCGACGAUGAUUCUCAAAACUCUGACAUGGAAACUUGUCGCGCAGCCAGAAGUGGAUGAUGCCCUCAAGGCAGAGAUUGUCAAAUGGGCGAGUGUCUACGAGCAUCGGGUUAGGAUGGGGAGCAAAGUCAUCUUCCACCUCGAGGCCUUCGUGGCCAAGUUUAUGAGGAUUUUCGAAGGCUAUCUGGUGGGUAUGGACUUCUGA